AUGAUUGAUUCCGGAUAUGAUAUUUCCGAUUUCAAAGAUAUCGAUCCGACUUUUGGUACAAUAGGAGAUAUAGAGAAGUUAAUUGCUCAAGCGAAAAAACUCGGUAUAAAGGAUAAACAUGUGAUUUUGGAUCUAGUUCCAAAUCAUACUUCUGAUAAGCAUGAGUGGUUUAGAAAGAGUCUUAUUGGAGAAGGCAAAUACAAAGAUUAUUAUAUAUGGAAAACCGGCAAUAAUAAUAAUCAAUCACCGCCCAAUAAUUGGAUCAGCGAUUUAUAUUUAGCGGCCCUGCUUGGAGCUUUGAUACGAAUCGUAAUCAAUGGUAUUUUCAUCAAUUUGAAUAUAGGCAACCUGAUCUGA